CGGAAAUUGGGCAAACUGAGUUUUGCUGGUACCCUCGCGACACCACGUCGCAGCAUCACCACCACCACCCGAAACUCGCUCACAAACCAUCACAAAUACCGUUGUUCAUUUAUUCCUAGCACUCACGUAUCUCUUACCGGUGCGUUCCGAAGAUUGGGCAGCUACUGCGGCACGGGAGCAGGGCACCCUUCCACCCCCGUCAUGGCUAUUGGUCACCGAAUAACAGCGCCCUACUCCGGUCACUUCGACCCCACGCGAUUUGUUACGUCCUGGGCCCUGCCUCCCAGCCUUCUGUUUGGCUACCGCGUACUCCUGGCCCUGUAUGCAUUUACGACCUUGUUUACCAUCUUUGGCUGGAACGCUACGCACGGCAGAUCUGAGGAAUCCCGGCAUUCCUUUUCCUUCUUCACUGUCUUGACGUAUUGGGGUCUUGCUUUCUAUUAUGCCUUCUCUGCAGUGCACACGGCUAGCUAUUGGCUCACGGGCACGUCGUUCCUGGCGCGUUGGCCCAAGCCGCUGCAGGUCGCCCACAGCAUGUUCUACUCCACCAUUGUCGUCUAUCCAUGGAUCGUAACCAUUGUUUUCUGGGCUCUCCUUGCGGCUGAUUUUCCCACCACAUUCUCCAUCUGGUCCAACACGUCACAGCACGCUCUCAAUUCGCUCUACGCAUUUUGCGAAAUCCUCUUUCCCAGUACCAUUAGAUUGCCCUGGCUAGACCUGGUGCCCGUUAUCCUCCUCUUGGCUUGUUACCUUGGCUUGGCCUACCUUACCCACGCCACUCAAGGCUUUUACGUAUACCCCUUUCUUAACCUCCAGAAAAACUCCUCAGGUGUUGUUGCUGGCUACAUCAUGGGCAUUCUUGUGGCGGCUAUUAUCAUUUUCAUCAUUGUGCGGUACCUUAUCGCCCUACGCCUCUGGGUCACUGAGACAAAGCUUGGAAUGAGAGGCAAAGUUUCCCCACGCGCCACAACCAGAGCGGCAGAUGGAGACAUCCCACUAUACGACACUGUUGCAAAAUAGGUCGUUUCCGCGGAUUCCUAUCAGGCCAUUCUCAGCUUUGGAUUCACAAGUUCUUGUUUCUUUACUACUCCUAAUACGCUCUCUACGAUAAAUCAUGAAACCCUUUACUGACUCUGUUUCCCAGCUGAGUUUCAUAGUCACUCGGAUUUCUAUCAACGAAAACCAUUAAUUCCAAGUCAAUACACUGAUUUCAUUGCCAAGCAAUCGAACGCCUCUGCAAUCACAAGUUCUACGUACCUAUAUGCACGCAUCCCUGUCCAGUGGUAUUCAUUACAUCCAGAUCCUACUCCAGCCCCUCAUGCCGUGCUACCAUCCCACGUCCUAUUUCCUCAGGAAAACACCUCGACUGUUUUUUUCUAUCCACGGUACC